AUGGACCAGACCUCGACAGGCGGCGGCCUGCUGUCUCAGCCGGAACUUACCCCGCUCGAGCAGGAAGUCCUCGACGAGUACGAGCGCCUGGCCGAGAACAUGAACAAGCUGGCCACGAUCCUCGACCACCUCGCCUCCAACCCCAGCACCGAGAUCCUCGACGGCCUGCGCGAGCUCGAGCGCAAGACCAGCCUGGCCUUCACCCUCCUCAAGGCCAGCGUCUACAGCAUCGUGCUGCAGCAGGAGAUUGACUGGGGCGAUGGAUCGACGGCCUGA